AUGGGAGACGAGGAGGAGGGUGGUGUGCCCGCUGAGCGGCCGCCUGCAGCGAUGCCGGGCAGCGGCGGCGGCGACGGUAAUAACAGCAGGGGCGGUUUCGGCGGCGGCUCUGGCGGGCGGGCUGCCGCCGGCGGCGGCGCCGGCCGGCGCAACACCGCGCCGCCAGGCGGCGGCGCGAGGAGCGCGCCGCUCGUAACGGCCUCCGCUGCCGCGGAAGCCGAGCGGGCGGCGGUGGAGCGGGCGCGGCGGCGGCUGGGGGACGCGGUCGCGGCUGCUGACGUGGACAGGCGGGACGUGCUGGGGGUGUCCCCUUGGCUUCCGGCGGCGGGCACUGCCGCUCUGGGCGCCGCCGGCGACGCGGCGAGCACCCUCGUGACGGCGCUGAGCGGCAGCGCCGGCCCGCGCCGCGCGGCGUGCGGCGGCGGCGGCGCCGGCUGGGGCGGCGGCGAGGCGCGACGGGCGGGCGGCGCGGGGUCGCUGACAACGGGCAGCGCGUUCGACACUCUGGCCCACCUCGCUGCAGACGCGCGCCCGACGCAGCCGCUGCCGCCACCCCCGCCGCUCUCCGGCCGCCUCGGGCCCCGCCUCGCGUCUGCAGCCAGGACGCUCUCCGUGGCGCGCACCGGCACGGCACUAACCUCGGACCUCGAGUUCGAUCUGAGCGCCUUGGACUACAGCGACCCCGCGUACGAGGUCCUCGCGGGCCAGGGCACGCGCGACCCCUCGGGCUCCGCCGCCGCGGUCGCCGGCGCGCUGCGCCCCGCCCGCAGCGCCCCGCACGCGCUCGACUUUGCAGGCACAACGGCCGCGGCGGCGGAGGGCGGCGCCGGCGGCGGCGCGCCGGGCGCAGCGUCAAGCGCGCUGGACGGCGGCCAGAGGUUCGUGCUGAGGGCUGAGGCGCGCCACCUCAGCCUGCCGCCCCCCGAGUAUGCCGAACAGGGCGCCAGGGCCGGCGCGACUGCGGUGCACGCGCCGCUGAUGCCUGGGGCGCCUGCGUGA